AUGUCACCUAUUACUGUAUUAUUGUUAGUGGGAGUACCAUUGGUACUUUCCCAAUCCUUUAAUCAGACCCACCUCGGUUUUCCUGAAGCAUGGGAUGGAGAUAAGUAUCGAGAAUUGUAUUGUCCCAGCAAGAAUAUUCCAAAAUGGCUAGAUGGUUAUUUUCUGUGUCAACUUUCCGCUUCAUACGGAAAUUCGUCUGCGCCAGAAGGUGAAAAGCUCAAUCACAUGAUCGAUGCAAUUGGAGCUGUUGGAUCAUUUCAUGUCAGCAAUGGACAGGUUGUGUUCUCGGCUCAAUACUAUCCAGCUCGCCCAUACAAAAUUUGGGAGUUCUAUGACCGCAACAUGACAAAAGCUAGUGUUCCAUGGGCUGGAUGGUCCGACUACAAUCUGACUGCCAUGUCUCGUUGGGAACAAGUGCCAGCCAACCCAGACUCUGCAAGAUUCCAUCCAAAUCUUGAUUUCUGGAAAGUUGGAAACAGAAUCAUCGCAGGAACUGAAGCGCCAUAUUGGGUUGGAUAUGAAUUUGAUGUACGUACUCUUCAAAAAUUCAAACUCUUCCCAUUCAAAGAGGAGAAUGACAUUUUCUCUACUCCAAGACACACAAUGAUUCCAAUCUCAAUGGCUAUUCACGAACGUAACGAUGCUGAUGGUACUAUCUGGGGAUCUUUCUCUGCCAUGAAUUUCGAGGAGCAACGAUUCUUCCAAGGAAUCUUCACUGUCGAUACUAAUGGAGUCCGUCGAGUUGUAGGACUAUAUGAUUAUGGAGUUUGGGAUACUAAUGCUUGCGGAAGCAACGAUGAGUAUAUUGGCGACAAAACUCUUCUCCCUGGAUACAUUCACUCCAUUACCUCUACUGAAAACUUCAUCAUCCUCCCAAUCACUUCUCUUCUUAUCAACCCAUGCAAAUUCAAAGAACCACCAUUGAACAAUGUGAGAUCUGCUAUCCAGAAGGGAGGGCUCUGGGGAAUGGAUUUCUAUGAUAUGGUUCCAAUGAGAUUCCUGAUUUUCAACAAGAAGACACUUGAAUUCACCACUUCCAAACCAUUAGAAGUUUUCCCAUCUAUGUUCGUCACUCAUCAAUUAAAUGCAUUUGAAGCUGAUGAUGGUAACCUGGUUGCUGAUAUGGUUGUGUAUGACUCUCAUGAUCCAUACGUAAAGUACUUCUACACCGAUUUCCUCACAAAGCAACUCUACCCAAGCACUGCUCGUGUUCUUCGUUUCACCUUGGACAGCAAGAAACAACGUGUCAUGUACAACUACCUCGUCCCACAAGAAACUAUUGCUGCUGAUUUCCCGCAAUUCAACCACAACUACGAGCAGAAAGCUUAUCAGUGGGGAUAUCUGGUUCAACAUCCAUUCGCAUCUGGUAACAGUAUACUCAAGAUCAAUGUUGAUGAGCCUGCUGGUAACCGCAACUUAGAAUUCCGUGCUGAGCCAACUUUGGUACUUCAUGAGCCUUGGUUCGUUCAAAAACCAGAUACUAAAAAAGAGGAUGAAGGAGUACUUCUUGUUCGUGGUUUGGAUACAGCUGAGAACAAAGGAGUUCUUAUUGUGAUCGAUGCUGAGAAGAUGACUGAACUUGGUAGAGCAUACGUUCCAAUUUCCAUUCCAUUCGGUUUCCAUAACAGAUUCUUCUCUAAGAAAGAUCUCGGUCUUCCGGAAGGAUUCCAGCAAGGUUUUGCUACUCUUCCAUUGAGAAAAGUGUCAACCAUACCACCAACAUCUCCAACAGCGUCUCCAACCACCACCACUAGUACUACUACAAGUACUACCACUACUACAACUCCAACACCAACAACUACUACAACAACUCCGAAACCAACCACAACUACAUCUACAACCACAACCACAACUACUCCAAGACCAACUACAACCUCCACGUCGAGCACAACGACAACGACAUCCACGACGACAACCACCACACCACAGCCCACAACCACAACAUCUUCUGAGAAACCAGUCACCUUGACCACACAGACAUGGACUGCACCAUCAACCACUACUGUGAAAAGAACAACUCCACAAACUGUACCAACUACCACUCCAAAGAUUCCUCGAUGGUGGCCACUAGCUGGGUCUGGAAGCACUGAACAACCUUGGUGGCAGAAAGUGCAAACCGGUGCCAACACCCUACCACCACUAUUUCCAGUUUCCAAGAGGGUUGAAGAGAAAGUAGAAAAAGUUUCGGCUAAACCAAACGAGAGCGACAACAAAAUCCCCGAGCAAAAGCCAGUGGUUUCUACCGGAUCCAUGGACGAAAUUUACGAGCAGACGCUUGGAGCUUUGUGCUCAUGGCUUCCAAAAGUUUUCACUUCGAUUUCGAACGAGCUGUGUUGGAAACAAGGAAAAACAGCGGCUAAAGAGCAUUACAGGUGGAUGGCCCCGUUAGCUCAAACAUACGCCGAACGAUUCCGAAUGGGCCGUGCCAACCGAAAAGUCUCCCCUAACGACACACCAAAUCUCCAGCCAUCUUUGAAGCAAAUGGCAUUCGAUGGACAACAAGAGCAACAAGCCGAGCCCAUCCGAUUCGGUUAA